UUAAAAAAACAAACCCUUCUCCCGCAAACUCAAUCCCAUAUAACCCUCUCUCACAAACAUCCAUAAAUGCCACAAUGGAAAACGCAGAUGUUUUGUGUUUGUCUCUGUACCUCCUUCCACUUUCUGCUCUCUGUAUAAAGACUCCGCCUUCUACUCCCCCUUUUACCCAUUCCCUUCUUUCUUCUCCACAUAAUUUUGCAUGGAUUUUGGAAAACAGGGGACCUCCGACAGUUCCAGCGACGAAUAUGACCCCCCGCCGCCGCCACACCAACAUCACCAUCAUCAUCAUCAUCAUCCCAAACACCACGCCGAUAAUGACCCCACUAAACGCCCCUACGAGUGCACAUUUUGUAAGCGUGGCUUCACCAAUGCUCAAGCCCUCGGUGGCCACAUGAACAUCCACCGCAAGGACCGUGCCAAACCCAAACACCGCAAUUUCACUCAUUCCUCUUCUUCUUCUCCUCAUUCCAACGACCAAUUAUUCCCUCCCCUUUCCACCCAACCCAACAUCCCCUAUUGCCCCCCGCCGCCGCAGCCGCCGUCGUCUUACCGGAUGUACUUUGACACCGCUGCCACCAACUUCCCUAUUCACCCCCAGAUCAGAUCGCCCGGCGUCGUCAAUCAAGAGCUUCUCGGAGCCGAUCUCAGCCUCCAAAUUGAUCAAACCAGGGGUGUCUGGGAAAAUGAAGAAGUCGAUUUGGAGCUUCGACUCGGGCAUGAAUAUCGCUGAUCCAAUCUGACGACGACGACGACGAAGAAGAAGAGGAGAUCCAGAUGGGUGCGUUAUUUUUCAAGUUUUAUUGUACAGCGAUGGUGAUAAUAAGGGGAACAUGGUUUUGAAUUUGUUUACUUGAAAUGUUUUGUAUUACCAGCUCGGCUCUGUCUAAUUUUGUCAUCUUUCUCAGAGCUAGCUAUU